UGGCGAUUAGUAGUAUAAACUAACAAAGCUGGGAUGUAUUCAUGCUAUUUGGAGUAUAUAAAUGCUCACACUAAAGGUUUGGAGUCAGUUGAUUUCUACAACAGUUACGUGAACAACCAACAGCAGCUACAAAAUGGUGUCUUUCGAGGAAGCAUGUGAAAAAGCAAAGAACUUCUCAAAGAAGCCCAGCGACUCCGAAUUCUUGGAAUUCUACGGUCUCUUCAAGCAGGCUACUGUUGGUGAUGUGAACGUCGAGAAACCAGGUGCUUUGGAUUUGAAGAGGAAAGCCAUGUGGGACGCAUGGAACUCACGCAAGGGGCUCUCACAAGCUGCCGCCCAGGAAGCCUACGUCCAGGUCUAUGAGAAAUACGCUCCCAUCUACGCUUAAAUCUUUCGCAUAUUACAAUUAAAUUUCCAAAGACUAUUUAUGUAAAUCUGUAAAAAUCGUUUAACUUUAUGGCGAUGUAUUCUGGUAACUCGUGAAUAAAUUGCAAUUAAUGUAAAGAAGAUAAGAAA